AUGAAGUCGACCUUCUUCGCACUCGCGCUCACCAGCACUCUGGCCGCCGGGGUUCUGGGCGAACAAGUCAUGUGGACAGGGCAUUGUCGCAAGACUCAGAACCCGAAGCCCCACAUAUCGCACGAAUGCGUCUUCACCAGCCCCGAUUACGGAAAUUGGGAGCCGGCGCCGUGCCCUAAGAAUUACAUGAGAAACAGGGUUACCAAGAAGGUUUGGCGGCCGUGCCUGAAUGAAGGAGAUGCCUGCUCCUUCAUCCCGACGGAAGGGACUCCUGCAGCUCCUGCGUGGGCUAAUUGCGGGCAUGGGUUGGGGCCGGACCACCUCAACUUCCGCAAGUUGGAAGAUGGAAAGCCCGAAGGAAAGAAAACCAACAAGAAUCCGAACCCCCGUCCACAGGACAAGGGCAACAGCCUGCGGAAUAAGACAACCAAGAAGACCACGCGAAGAAGUAACAGGAUCUGA